UCUGCCCUUGGCAGGAAUAACCAUCAUCUCCAUGUGAACCCUGUAUCCCAUGAGCCUUGGGCAGCUGGGGGCGGAGCCCGCCUUGGUCUCUUCUGAUUGGUUCUGGAUGGAAUUACGUUGAAUGGACCAGAAUCUUAGCGGGCUGGACUGCUUGUCAGAGCCAGAUGAAAAAAGGUGGCCGGAUGGGAAGCGUAAAAGAAAGAACAGUCAAUGCAUGGGGAAGAGCGGUAUGUCAGGUGACAGCUCGAUGUCUCUGCUCUCUGCAGGGUACAUCCCUAGCUACUUGGACAAAGAUGAGCCGUGCGUGGUGUGCAGUGACAAGGCCACAGGAUACCACUACAGAUGUAUCACCUGUGAGGGUUGCAAGGGCUUCUUUCGGCGCACCAUUCAGAAGAACCUGCAUCCCUCUUACUCCUGCAAGUAUGAUGGCUGUUGCAUCAUUGACAAAAUCACCCGAAAUCAGUGCCAGCUUUGCCGCUUCAAGAAAUGUAUCGCAGUGGGCAUGGCGAUGGAUCUUGUCCUGGAUGAUUCCAAGCGGGUAGCCAAGCGGAAGCUGAUAGAGGAGAAUCGUGAGCGGCGCCGAAAGGAGGAAAUGAUCAAGACAUUGCAGCAGCGGCCGGAACCAAGCAGUGAGGAGUGGGAACUAAUACGGAUAGUGACAGAGGCACACCGGAGCACGAACGCACAGGGCAGCCAUUGGAAACAGCGCCGAAAAUUCCUGCCGGAAGACAUUGGGCAGUCACCUAUGGCCUCGAUGCCAGAUGGUGAUAAAGUUGACCUAGAAGCAUUUAGUGAGUUCACCAAAAUAAUUACCCCAGCAAUCACUCGAGUGGUGGACUUUGCAAAGAAACUGCCCAUGUUCUCAGAGCUGCCCUGUGAGGAUCAAAUUAUCCUGUUGAAAGGAUGCUGUAUGGAAAUAAUGUCUCUCCGUGCAGCUGUGCGUUAUGAUCCAGAUAGCGAGACCCUUACACUGAGCGGUGAGAUGGCGGUAAAGCAAGAGCAACUGAAAAAUGGGGGUCUGGGUGUGGUGUCCGAUGCCAUCUUUGACCUGGGAAGAUCUCUUUCUGCAUUCAACCUCGAUGACACAGAGGUCGCUCUGUUGCAAGCUGUCUUGCUCAUGUCCUCAGACCGUACGGGUUUAAUCUGCACAGACAAGAUAGAGAAAUGUCAAGAGACGUACCUCCUCGCCUUUGAACACUACAUCAAUCAUCGCAAACACAACAUUCCCCACUUUUGGCCUAAGCUCCUGAUGAAAGUGACAGACCUGCGCAUGAUUGGGGCCUGCCACGCCAGCCGCUUCCUGCACAUGAAGGUCGAGUGCCCCACAGAGCUCUUCCCUCCGCUCUUCCUUGAGGUCUUUGAAGACCAGGAAGUCUGA